AUGAAACAAGCUUAUGACUGCGGUAUCAACUUUUUCGAUACAGCUGAGAGUUAUGCUGCCGGCCAAUCGGAGAUCGUCAUGGGACAAGCUAUCAAGAAGUUUGGCUGGAAACGCAACGAUCUGGUGAUUAGCACCAAGCUCAACUGGGGUGGAGCCAAUGGUGAGGUCCUUGUUAACAAUCACGGCUUGUCGCGGAAACAUAUCAUUGAGGGCCUCCGCGCCUCACUUGAUCGUUUAGAUCUUGAGUACGUGGACAUCGUGACCACUUGUGCUGACUGGGGCUUCUACUCGAAUAGGCUCUGUGGUAUGGAAGAGACGGUUCGUGCUUUCAAUCAUGUCAUUGAACAAAAGGGAUGGGCCAUGUACUGGGGCACGAGUGAAUGGAGCGCCGACGAGAUUGCAGAGGCGUGCGGAAUCGCAAAACAGCUCGGCCUCAUCGCCCCAGUAGUGGAGCAGCCGAUGUAUAACCUGAUUACAAGGCAGAAGGUCGAACGUGAGUUCCAGCGUCUAUAUGCCAGGUUCGGCAUUGGCCUGACUACAUUUUCGCCUUUGAACUUUGGACUCCUAAGUGGAAAGUACAACGACAGUCCCGAUGCCCCACCGGCUGGAUCCAGAUUCGCGGAAGGAAACGACAAGUUCGUUAAUAGCAUGCGGGAUUCGUAUGGAAACGAUAGCUGGAAGGGAAUGAUCGAGAAAGCCACCAAGCUCGCGCCAAUCGCAAAGAGACUGGGUGUUACCCAAUCUCAGCUGUCGCUAGCAUGGUGUCUCAAGAACCAGCAUGUUUCUGCUGUCAUCACAGGAGCAUCGCGCCCUGAGCAAGUCGUAGAGAAUUGUGCCGCAUUGAAAGCAUUGGAUAAGAUAACACCCGAAAUAUUGGCUGAGAUCGACGAGAUCGUAGGGAAGAUCCAAUUGGACCCAGCGAGACAGGAUUAG